UCCAUAUUCGCUUCCUUGUAGGAAACGACAUUUGUUAGUCCCCGCCGUUUUGUUAUUUCGCCGUGUGAAUGAGAGGCGACUAACAGGCGAGAGCUAGCCAUGUCCGGUUCGUCACCGUCGUCUGUUUCGGCAGGACACUCGGCCUUUUACCCGGCCGGCUACCAGGCUCCAGAAACUCGUGGCCUGGACCGCAAUUUUCGGCUCACGGCCUUUUCCGAUAUGAAAGGAUGAGGGUGCAAAGUCCCGCAGGAGACACUGCUCAAACUCCUGCAGGGACUGGAGCCCGAGGUUCAGCCGGGACAGGACGGAGUGGGGACAGGAGCCGGGGACGAGGCCUCGGAGUUCGGUCAGCUAGCUCCGGUCUCGCAUGGUCCCCGGUUAGGCAUUGGGAUGGAUUCUUGUGUCAUUCCUUUGAGGCAUGGAGGUUUGUCCCUGAUCCAGACUACAGACUUCUUCUAUCCGUUAGUUGAAGAUCCUUAUAUGAUGGGCCGUAUAGCUUGUGCAAAUGUGUUGAGCGAUCUGUACGCCAUGGGAAUUACUGAUUGUGACAACAUGCUGAUGCUAUUGAGUGUCAGUCAGCGGAUGAGCGAGAAGGAGAGAGAGCAGGUGAUGCCCUUAAUGAUGAAGGGUUUCCGUGAUGCAGCUGAAGAGGGCGGGACUUCCGUGACAGGCGGACAGACAGUUGUGAACCCUUGGAUCAUCAUAGGGGGUGUGGCCACAGUAGUGUGCCAGCCUACUGACUUCAUUAUGCCAGAUGGUGCAGUACCAGGUGACGUUCUCGUUCUGACAAAACCUCUUGGAACUCAAGUAGCCGUCAAUGCUCAUCAGUGGCUGAAUAUACCAGAAAAAUGGAACAAGAUCAAGUUGGUGAUCUCAAAGGAGGAGGUGGAGCAUGCAUAUCAAGAGGCCAUGCUCAACAUGGCUACCCUUAACCGCACUGCUGCUGCUCUGAUGCACAAGUUCAAUGCACACGCUGCCACGGACAUCACCGGCUUCGGGAUCAUUGGGCACGCACGGAACCUGGCCAAGCAGCAGUGCAACGAAGUGGCCUUUGUUAUCCACAACCUGCCAAUCCUUGCCAAGAUGGCUGCUGUCAGCAAAGCCGGGGGGAACCUCUUCGGCCUUCUGCACGGCACCUCCUCCGAGACUUCAGGUGGUUUGCUGAUCUGUCUUCCGCGGGAGCAGGCAGCACGUUUCUGUGCCGAGAUGAAGGCGAGCCGGACAAGCUCGGUGGGCGAUGGACAGCAGGCCUGGAUAAUUGGAAUCGUGGAGAAGGGUAGCCGCUGUGCACGCAUCAUCGACAAGCCCCGCAUCAUUGAGGUGCCGUAUCGUGGUCUCGCAGCAGGAAACGCACAGGAGGGUGCAAACACCGUCACCACUCCUACCAACACCAACAGCAGCCCCGCUGAAGCUCAGCCCAGCCUGGCACAGUGACACAGCCUCUAACACAAGAGUGUAAUAGGAAUGUUCAUUGUUCAUAUUUGUGCUUCAUACAUUUUUUCUCUCUCUCUCGGUCUCUGUCUCUCUCUCUCUGGUUGUGUGAGUCUUGAAGGGUGUGUACUUUUGAAAUGUGUGGUAUGUAGUUCCUGCUGGUAAGACUGGAAGUGUGUGUGUGAGCGAAUGCAUGCAUGUAGUGAGAUUGAGUGUGAUAGUGUGCAUGUGUGAGUCUGAGGGAAUAUGAGCGAAGGGAUUUAUGCAUUCACUCCGCUUUUCAUUUCAUCUCCCUGUUCAGCCGAUGGGUUGAGAGCAACAGACCAAAAAUUUUCUUUUUACCUGGUGGGAGGUGGAAUGGAUUGCUUGUCUUUUUUAUUAUUUUGUUUCUUCUUCUUUCUUUUUCAUCCACCUUACUUGGUCAAUCAAGUGAUAGAAAAGCUCUCGUCACUUAGGAUCAUGUUUAUUAAGUCUUGUAAACGCCCCCUCCCCUUUCAGCCCUUGGGUAUAUUUUUGUUGAAAAGAAUCUUCACUCAGCAUAACAGUUCAAGUGUUGUAGUUAAAGAGAAGUCAGAAAACUCAAACUGAUAGCUUUGUUGGAAGCACUUUGAUAUUUUUCAGUUUUCACAGAAUCACAUUUCUGAACAAUUCCAGAUUCUUUCGAUCAAAUGUAUGCUUUUUUUUUUCUCUAUCUCUCUAUUUUUUUUUCAAUGACAAUCAAAGCUAAUUAAAUCCAGUAGAAAACAUUCUUUCAGCAAAUAUUGGCGAAUUCAAAUACAAUCAAAUCAAGCCAAACAAAUAGCUGAAAAUGAUAUUUAAUAUGGGCAUAUUUAAUUUAUUUGAUAUUUAAUUAUGUAAUUUGUGUUUGCGUCGUCAUAGAUUCAAAUUCAAUCAACGAAAUUAGGGAAGGUUAAUUAACUGAUUAUUCUGGUGCUGUUUUUAUUUCUGAUCAGCUUGACUUUCUCAUAUGGUUGCUUAGCUAUCUGAGAUGGUUGAAUGACUUGUUAGAUGUUUACAUUCUUUAAAGUCUCUGGAAUGUGUGCAUUAGAAUUAAUUUGUGAAACAUUUUGCCUUUGAUCAUGUGCUAUGUGUGUCUGUACUGAGGUUAGCAUUGGGGUCUUAUGUAUUUAGGCUGCAGUAGCUUUUGGGAGACCUGGUUUUGUGAUUAGAAUUAUGGCAAGUCUGUUUUCCUAUUAAUGCUGAGGUGUAUGUCGCUCUCUCUCUCCCUCUCUCCCUCUCUGUGCUAGUGUUCUAAUUUUAGUGGGUAAAUGGAUGUCUGACUCCUCCCUGUGUAUCAAAGAGAGGAUUGAGCAGCUCUCUUUGAUUCUGUGGGCGAGACUGGAAUCCCAGAGGCAUCAGCUGAAUGGCUGCAGUGGAUUAGAAGCACUCACCCUUCCUGAUCAUGAUGCGUUUCCCAUUAACCCCAGCCAAUGGGGGUGGGAGAAGUUGAAGUUACUUGUAAGGAUGGGUGGGAACUGGUCUGUUUGGUCUAUUCAGCUGACUCGGGCUUUGUCCUGAUUUACAUGUCAUCUUAAGACAAUAAAACAGAUAAAGGGA